AACUUUUGAUAGUUGUGAUGGAAAUCAAUGUUAUCUCGUAAAUUGGUUAAUAUAGUGUUCUGUGCAUGGUAAGGUCGCUUUUAACGGCUAUAGCCUAUCUCACAUAGAUGGGCUUUAUAUUUGCAUAUCGGUGCACAUUCGUGAUAUCUGAAAGCUCUAUCACAUCAACCCAAUUGCUGCGAACUAAGUGCUGGUGCCACGUCCUAAUGCUAUCACUAUCAAAGAUCGUAUAGCGCCGUAGGCCUACGGCGCUAUAUGAUCUUUGAUUACUACUACGACGCGCUCGCAUGACUUUUUGGUAGUCUGUGACGUAGUUGCCGUCACGCGUCAUCAAUCAUAUAUAGAUAUGUCAAACGCGCGGAUGCCUAUAUGCCUAUAUACAUAGUAAUUGGGAGUGAGGGAGAGCGAGAGAGAGACACUCUCACGAAACUAGGCGAGCAUGAUGAUAGGUGUGGUCGCUGCCGUGAUCACGCUGUGGGUGUUGUACAAGUUAACGUGUUGCGUGGAGUUCGAACCUCUGCUUGGUCGAUACAGCUUCCCGGGUAAAUGGUUUGCUAUCAAGAACGCACUCGUGCUUGCCGUGCUGCACUGGAGGCGAUGGCGACAACAGAGAAGGCAACCGAACGUGAGCCACGUUGUCUCCUCACCCUGCUGCCUGUUGGAACGACCACAGUCGCUGGGCUGUGUCGAGCAC